AUGGCAAACGAAUCCGAUGAAGGUAGCGUGUACGAGUUCGAGCGCUUGGAAUCCACACUUCCAGCUCCACUUAAACGUUCCGCUUCUUCGCUUCUUGAAAUCUUUUCUCAGGGCAACCUGAGUCAGACGUCACUCAGAGACAAUCGGUUUGUAGACAACGGAAUUCCUUCUUCACGGACCCCAAACCACGUGCCACAGAACAAUAGUCUCAAGAACCAUCUUCUAAACAAGUUAUCCAAGUCGGAAAAUGGUAGAGACUCAUCUCCAAUUCCUGUUCCAAGACCAAAGUUUAAUGAGGAAAUCCACAAGCCGGCUAUGAACACAUCGCAGUCUUCCACUGGUGUUCUCUGGGUCACCGAAAGAGCAGGCGAAUACGGCUAUGAUGGUCAAGACUCAUGGGCCAAUUUGGGACAAGGUGCACCCGAGCACGGAGACACAGUACCUGGUUCAUUCAAGCGUCCAGAACUGAUCCCAGUACCUGACCAUGCUAAAGAAUAUGCUCCUACUGCCGGAAUCAAGGAAUUGAGGGAGGCGGUUGCAAACUACUACAAUGUAACCUAUCGGAAGAACCAGAAUUCCAAGUACACCUACAAGAACGUAUGUAUUGUUCCUGGUGGAAGAGCCGGUCUUACCAGAAUUGCUUCUAUCAUCAGUGAUUGCUACUUAUCCUUCUUCCUUCCCGACUACACCGCUUACGCCGAAAUGCUUUCUUUGUUCAAAAACUUCUCUCCCAUUCCCGUUCCUCUCAGUGAAGCAGACAAUUACGAUAUUCACUUGGAAAUGAUUCGCGGGGAAUUGGCUCGUGGUGUAAGUGCUCUUCUUACCCUGAACCCAAGAAACCCCACCGGAAGAUGUAUGACUAGAGCACAAUUGGCUACCCUUCACCAGCUAUGCAGGGAAAAGUGCCUUUUGAUCAUGGAUGAAUUUUACUCGCACUAUUACUAUGACGACCAUUGUUCUGGAAGCUCGAUUUCUAGUGCUGAAUACGUUUUGGAUGUCAACCGUGAUCCAGUAUUAAUCCUUAACGGUCUCACCAAGGCGUUCAGAUUGCCAGGUUGGAGAAUCUGCUGGAUUGUUGGUCCUGAGGAUUAUAUCAAUGCUUUAAGCAGUGCUGGUUCGUUCUUAGAUGGAGGCUCUAAUGCUCCAUUUCAGUAUGCUGCUGUGGACUUCCUCGAGCCUACCAGGGUGUUAACAGAGAUGAAGGCAUUGCAAAUGCACUUUAAAAUGAAACGUGAUUAUAUCAUUGAAAGGUUAACGAGAAUGGGGUUUGAGUUCACAGAGAGAAAUACACCCAAUUCCACCUUCUACCUCUGGCUUCACUUGUCACAUUUACCAGGAAAGCUCUCCAACAGUUUAGGAUUCUUCCACGAGUGUCUUCACGAAAAAGUGAUCGUUGUGCCAGGAUUCUUCUUUUUGAUCAAUCCACAAAACUUAUCCAGAUUGGAAGAUGUUAUCUGGUACAACUACGUGAGAAUUAGUUACGGCCCUGAAAUCGGACAAUUGGUCAAGGGAAUGGACGGAAUAGAGAGGAUCUUACACAGAUUUGGCUGCUUGCCUUACGACAUUCCAGACAAGAAACAAACACCUGAAUUAGAAAAUUAG